AUGAGAAACCCUGACUAUAUGUUACCUAGCAAACUGACAGACAUAGUAAACGCUAUGUCUUCUCGAGGAGAGCUACCCCUGGAGCUGGCUCUGCGAGGACGUAGUUCUUCGAUAGCUAUGACUCUACUGCAACAUUCCGCAGAUGCAGACGCUCGUGGUCCACGAGGAAGAACGCUUUUACACAGAGCCGUUGAUGCCCGUGAUGCAUUUUCCGCCAAGUUUCUUGUGGACAAUGGAGCUGACCCAAAUAUUAUAACAAAAGACGAAGGCGACACGGCUCUACAUUUAAUUGCAUCUUUAACGUCAAGUUCAUGUGACGAAGAAACUAUGGAUCAAAUGGCUGAGAUUGCUGAAAUUAUGGUACAAAAGGGCGCGGACAUCAAUAGACAGAACAGGAAAGGAUUCACACCACUCCAUCAAGCAGUAAUAGCGAGGAACCAAAGGAUAUUUGAUAUGCUCCUCAAACAGCCUACCUUAGACACGAAUCUUCGUACCCUGACAGACGAACAUCCACCGCUCUACUACGCCCUUGUCGAUGAUAGGCGAGCCUCGAUAUCUUCUAGUGAAACUUUAGUUAUGAACGGCUCUAAUCCAUUCGAUACUCCUGUCACAAAUAAGAAUGCCUUCACAGAAGACCCAGUGGAGGGGAAAACGGAAGGUGUUGUGGAAAGAGGUUUCGCUGCUAAGCUUCUAGAGAAAGGCUGCCAUCCAAAUCCAUUAUAUACAGGUUCUGGAGAUAGUUUACUCCAUAUUUUGGCACAGGGUUGGUUUGAGGAAUCAGCCGUAUUCUUAGUGUCUCACCUAAACAGUGAGUUAAACCACACAAACGAAGCAGGUAUGACGGCUCUUCACGCGGCAUGUGCCAAUGGAUUAGCGCGUCUAACUGCUGCCUUGCUUGAACAUGGCGCUCGACCGAAUAUACAAACCGCGUAUGGGGAACAGGAGGAUACUGUCUAUAGGCAAACACCUCUUCACUUGGCUGUACUAAACAAUCAUGAAAGUGCAAUGCUAGCCAUCAUCGAACAAAAGAAGCUCGUCGAUCAGGGCGACAUGCCCGCUACUGACCGCAGCAACGUUAACCUUACGCCUAAUCUUAACUUGAAGAACUCCGAGGGUGAUACUCCUGUCAGUCUUGCACUCACUGAAGGUCACAAAAACCUUGUAAAUCCCCUAAUCGAGGGUGGCGCUGACCCAAACAUCCGCAAUGGAAAAGGCUUCACUUUACUUCAUCAAUCCAUUGUAGAAGAGGACUCCAGAACUGCUAUAUUCUUACUUGACCAUGGAGCUGAUAUGAAUGCUUUAACGGAAGCAGGCGAGACUCCUCUACAGCUCGCCAUUCACUGUCGCCUUGGUUUAGUGGUGGAAGCUCUUUGUGUGCGUGGUGUAGACAUGAGUAGACUCGAUGCAAAUGGAGUACCACCCCUUUGGGCAGCGCUUGAUUCUGGUCAGGAGGAGGUCGCCAGUAUCCUGGUGAGGAACGGAGCUGAUGCUGAUUGUUGGGGCCCAGGGCCUGAUGGAAGCUUACAAACAUUAUUACACAAGGCAAUAGAUGAGAAUAAAGAAUCACUAGCAAUGUUUUUGAUUCGGUCGGGGUGUGACGUAGAGUCACCGCGACGUCUAGGUCCUCAUGGAGAAGGCCACGAAGUCGCUUCAGAAAAACAUACACCACUACAUCUUUGCUGUACUUGGGGCCUUACUGACGUCAUACAGACGUUGUUAGAACACGGUGCGAAUAUAAACUCUAAGGACUCUGAAGGAAAGACUCCUUUGCACAUUGCGAUAGAAAACCAACACGCGGGGAUUAUUACACUACUACUGUCGCAGCCGGGCAUCGAACUGUCCGCACGAGACAAUAAGGGCGUGUCGCCGUUUGCAGCUGCCCUCACUGCACGGAACAAUAAAGCAGCUCAAGCUAUAUUGGAGAAAAAUCCAUCAGCUGCUGAACAGGUAGACAAAAAAGGUCGUAACUUUCUUCAUGUGGCCAUCCAAACGUGUGACGUUGAAAGCGUCAUGUUCCUGUUGUCAGUAGAAGUAGAUGUGAACUCUCGAGUGCAAGACGCGUCGCUUGCUCCUCCGCUGCACCUCGCCGCCGCCGCCGGACAUGAAGUUUUAUUGAGGAGUUUGUUGUUGGCCGGCGCCAGGCCCAACGACAGGGAUGCGCACAAACGCACGGCCCUGCACGUGGCGGCGGGCGCGGGUCACGAGGCCAUCGUGUCGGCGCUGGUGUCGGGCGGCGCGGAGUACGGCGCCGUGGACGCGGUCGGCGACAACGCGCUGCACGUGGCGGCGCGCGAGGGCCACGCACUCGCCGCGCGCGCGCUGCUGGCCGACACCGACAUCGACGCCGCCGCCACCAACCUCAAAGGUAGAAAUCCCUUACACGAGCUGUGUUGGUGCAAGAAAGAUAACGCGGCGACGAUAUGUGAAAUAUUCCUCGAGUUUAUGCCAGACUAUCCAAUUAAUAGGACUGACCUUCAAGGUAAUACACCAUUACUAUUGGCUUACAUGAAUGGCCAAGGAGCAAUGUGUCGCGUACUAGUUCGCGCCGGAGCGUGUCUGGCUCAAGAGAAUAAGGACGGGAUAUCUAUAUUUAAUUAUCAGGUAGCCACGAAGCAGUUACUGCAUAGGCUAUUAGACGUGCUGCCAGCAGAAGCUCCGUGGGCAGAAAGCGACCUCUGCCAGGAAUGCGGUACUAAGUUCACACUCACCAUGAGGAAACAUCACUGUCGACAUUGCGGGCGCAUGCUGUGUAAUAAAUGCUCGAGUCAAGAUGUUCCCAUACUGAAGUUCGGCCUCAAUAAGCCACAACGAGUUUGUGAAAUAUGUUUCAAUGUUUUACAGGUUGGCGCGAGUUAG